AUGGCCAGGAUAAACAAUUCGAUACAGAAUGUCUAUCUUAAUGCUUUAUUCAUUGAUAGAAAUAAUUAUACGGUAUUUCAGAGAAGAAUAAAUGGCACGACUGACUUUUACAUAGGAUGGGAGGAAUAUGAGAGUGGAUUUGGGAAUUUGGAGGCGGAAUUUUGGCUUGGUAAUAAGAAAAUCAAUGAAUUAACAUCGAACGGACUACAUGAAUUAAGGGUGGAAAUUACCGAUUUCGACGGGAACACCGGAUUUGCUAAAUAUUCGACAUUUUCUAUCGGCAAUGCUUCCACCCAAUACAAGCUUAAAGUUGGAGGAUAUAGCGGGAACAUAGGAGAUGGUAUGAAGGAAAAUAAUGGAAUGCGUUUUACUACAAAAGACAAGGACAACGAUCAUUGGCCAUUAAACUGUGGGGAACGAUACAAAGGAGCCUGGUGGUAUCGUCGUUGUACCUUUGCCAAUCUAAAUGGAAAAUAUCUGGAGGGAGGACAGGCUCACUGGACUGGUAUUACUUGGGACAAUUGGACUUUAUCAUCAUAUUCAAUGAAAUCAUCUGUUAUGAUGCUUAGAAAAGUGUAUCCACCAGGAUAAAGACCAAAUUAUUAUU